CGACCAAAGUAUACAGUCACCGUAUUGUUACGGUAGUAGUUACGAUGAACUUUUACGGUUACUGUGUACGGUUGUCGUAAUAUGCUGUAAAUCAUCGUUUACAGCUGCUGUUUACGACGAGCGUAAAAAGUUACCGUUUUUUGACGUAUUUAGUUGGUGAACGGCCGUUUGCUGCCGCGCGUCAUUGACCUGGGGAAGUAAAUAAUCCAGUGGUCUCUUUCGACUAUGUACCAUGGUAAGAGUCUCUCUGCACCGGUUGGUUAUCAUUGGCUUAAAGCAGAGAAAAGAAAGUGUUAUCCUUGGUCGGCGAGUAGUAUACUCUGACUUACAUCCUAUUCAAGCCUUCUGGAUUCUAAUUAGAAGAAAGCAGUCCACAAAAUAGUGGUGUCCAGUGACUAUUAUAUAGCUUUUUUUCUCAGUUCGAACGUUGUUUUUUAUUAUAGAAGAAAUAAUAGUCUGUUUGCAAAAGUUGUUGUUUUUAUAUACUACAGCUAUUUCGUUGCAAAGAUUGUUUGUUUCAGACUUCCCUUAAUUAAUCGUGUUGAUCCAUAAUUCAUGCUCAAUUGAGCAAUACAUAGUUGCCAGGUUUAGGAUAGUUAGUCUGUGCGAUAAAUAGAGAUUGACGAAAAAGGUCAAUUGGUUGUUGCACACGUUUUCGCGAAAGAUAAACAUUCAUUUUCUAUUUCACAGCCGAUAUCGUUCGAUCACUCUGGACGUAGGAAUGCACUAUCAACAGACGUGAUCGUCUAUGAAACACGUUGCUUAAUUAUGGAAAUGGAACAGCACGUGAGGUCGAUGAUAUGAAAGAGACACUAGUAAAGCAGGGUGUGAGUGGGUUCCGACGUGGAUCCAUGUAUGGUUGCAGGGAGUGUGUGAGUAUCAGAGGUGAGUAUUGAUAUCAGUCGUCGCUUCACCCUUACCUUCACACCCCAUACCGCACUCUUAACAGGAUCCCUUAGUUACAUCUGAAACAUUUUCGAUAUUUUGUAGGAGAACAUAUCUCUUCGCCAUUUUUUUUCUACAUAUUGUUUUUCGCUCUUUCCUUCGCUAUCUUUUGUUUCAGUCAUAUUGAUAAUAUAACAUUCAUUCAUUGUCUAUUUAAUUAAACGAUUAGAGACCAUUGAAAAAUACGUUGUUUUCAGUGACGAUGUCAGUCAAACAGCAGCAGCAACUAUAAAUAUAUAAUUGUUCAUACAUUUAUGGGCUAAGAAAAAUAAAUCUACAUACAGAUAAGCAUGGAAUAUUCAUAUGUUGAAUUGAAUGAUUUAUUCAAUGAAAUUAUUACGAUUAUCUUCAACAAACUGAACAAUAUCGCAGUACAAUACUCCUUCAUGAGUGUCAAUAACCGAUUAGAUAAAAUUGUACAUGAUUCAAUUUUUACGAGUAGUUUAACAUUAUUGAAAUAUAUAUCAUAUAAUGCUACAUAUUCAUUACCUGGUCCAACGCUAGAUUACUUUUGUUUAAAAGUCUUACCUAGAAUUCACCAUAAAAUCAAAUGGCUUAAUCUUAAAGCAUUAUCUAUGAAAAAAACAAACUACUUCUUUUACAUUUUUAUAGUAUUUUUAAACUUUCUGCGUCUCUGUUGAUUGCUUGAGUUGAGAAAAGCGUCAAAAGCUGCAGAAAAUAGUUCUCUACAAAAUGGACUAUGUCAGUGGUCAUUAUAAUGAGUUUUAGUAAACAUUGUUCACUGCUGGCGUCCCACAAAAAAAAGAAUCUAGUUUUUGAAAGCCUUUGAAGUUCUACAUCUUUUAAUGUUUUACUCAAAGGAACAAAACGACGUGCACAGUUUUAUUCGGGACUAUAAUUGGUGAACUUUAAUAGUUCUCAAUAACAAUUUUUAAUUGGGCGCAUUUUAGUUCAUUUUUUGAGCAUAAUAAAUAGCAUAUUCGAACUUAGCGCAAACAAAAACUACAUUAGAGGGGUGUGGGUGUGUGUGGGUGUGGAUGUCGGUGUGGGUGUGGGUGGCUGUGGGUGUUGGUGUGGGUGUGGCUGUAAGCCUAGGUGAAGAAAAGUUAAACACACCCCCAUACUCACACCCCACACCUACACCCACCAACAAUGUUGUCAAUGUGUUCGUUUUAUACUGUUUAUCAUGAGAGACUUGCUUACCUGUAAAAAUGAGUCAUCGCGCUCGAUUGCAUCGUAUCAUUAUCAUCAUGACAAUGGCAAAAAAUAAUAAAAUGUCUAAGUGAAAAGAUAACAUGACGUAGUAUGCCAAUAAAUAUACACACCUGUACGGCUAAGAGAAUGAAUAUGAUAGGCAAAUACGAGAGGCAAUGUAUCCCAUGUCGCCGAUUUUUCAUCAAAACCGUCGGUUACCGGUGGUUCAUAAGAAAGCCGUCGGUUCCAAGCGGUUUCUGUUUGUUUAUCGAUUUUUUAAUGAUUUUCCUUUUAAAUCAAUAUUUUUGGUUCAGAAAAAAUCGAUUCCAACCAAAAAAGUCUAGAUAAUUAUUCAACAGUGAAAUACUGUCAGAUGACACUACUGAUUUUUGUAUUGGUUAAGUUAUCUUGCAAAUGAGUAUUUUCAUGGCGCCAUCUUUAAUAAAAAUCUAAACUCGAAAACCAAGCAAAUAUAGGAGAUGUGGCUGGUGCCAGCGGCUUCAGCGAGCUUGCGUAUACAAGGGGGCAACGAUUUAAACAUAAUUCUAACUCUUUUGUAAGUUUUAAAAUAUUCACCUUUUGUGAUACGAAAAAAUGUUUAGCUGGAGAACCACGGUUAACCGUCGGUUUUCUGGCGGUUCGAGCGACAUGGGAUGUCCCGAUCGGACAUCGAAUCCAGCAUCAUUGGAAUUUCAGUCCAACGCUCUCACCAUACACUGCCCUUCUAGGUGAAUGGGUUUUUAAAUAUCCGAUUCUAACAAACAGUAUCUCUACUUGAACGAGAACUAGUACUGCUGAUGUCUUUUUCUAGCUCUGAUGAAAAGGAGGACGUACACGGCUGUAUGUGUUGCAGAGUAGGAUGAUGCAAAAUGUUCAGAGGACCGAUUUACAACAAUGAUGUUUGUUGUUUCCCAUUUCUCUCUUUCGGCUACGUCGUGUGAUGCUCGCGGCGCAGUGCAACCACUCUCUUCCAUUUUUUCUCAAGUCGAUAAUGUGCAUUAGAAAAUAAGAAAUUCUAGUAACGCAAAUGCGACUCGUGUGAAAUCUUAAGGAUUCAAAAGCAGGGAGGAUGUAGUAUCUCCUUCAUGUUCAUCGAGUCACUAGACUUGAAACAAAAAGACGGAAAUGAGCAAGACAGAAGUUUUUAAGGUACAAGUUAAGUUAGCCUUUAUUUGCCUAUUUCUGCGAAAAGAUAUAGCUAUUCAAUAACGAAAUUCAAGUAUCAAUGGUUUGUGGUGAUAAUUGAUUCCUUUGAAGAUAAUUUUCAAGUGAAAGAUCUACUAGAAAUACAGAAUCAAAUGAGAAUGUAACUGUUUGUAUGUCUAACGAUAAAAAUAUCUGUAAGGGUGUGGAUGUGGGUGUGGGUGCGAGGGUGUGUGGGUGUGGGUGCGAGGGUGUGUGGGUGUGGGUGCGAGGGUGUGUGGGUGUGGGUGCGAGGGUGUGUGGGUGUGUGCGUGUGGGUCAGCUUGUGGAUGUGCUGUGCGAAAAGGCUUAUACCAAUAUCCACACGCACACACAUCAACACCAACACCCACACCCAAAAAGACGAUCAUAUCUUCAUUUAUGUGUACCUGAAGUGACAAACACAGAGUGGAGAAAAACAUACUAUUAUAUAAUCUCUUCCCAAUUCGGCAAUAACACAGUUAAAAUACAGUAGAUCAAACGAUAAGAAAAUGAAACACCGAAACAGAGAUGGAUAAGAAAGAAGGAAGAAAAAGAUGAACGAUAGUCAUAAAAGAGACAUUUUUUUUCGAGUAAAUGAAUCAUUCGCGGAGCUGUUAUAAAAAAAAACUCGGGCACGUUUAUUCUGUUUCAUUUUUUUUUCGUUCAAUAACAACUUUCUUGUAUGCGCUUACGUAAGUAUGUACUUCUUGCUGGACGUUUUCUGGAUUACUAUUCUACUCUACUCUUCAAAGUAGAAUUAAUUAAGUGUUAAAAAGUGUUUUUUCAGUCGGGUUAACAGAAACUACAUCAUUUACGUAAAAAAGCUUCACCAACAUAUUCUAAUAAUUAUUGUUCGAAAUCGGUUGUCAGCAUUUCCAUUUAUCUAGUGUAUUACGAUCCUUCUACUGAAAAGACGAUUCCUUUAAAAGUUGGUGGUUAUAUCGAUAUAGCUGUAGUGAAAGCAUUGAUACAAGACAAGGAAGAAACUCCUCGUAAUGACCAACGUUUAUUAUUUGCUGGACGACUACUGGAAGACGGCAGGACUCUUUCAGACUAUAAUAUACAAAAGGACGUUGUACUUUAUAUGCCCGUACGGUUACGUGGUAGAAUGUAUCAUUUUACCAGUGGUCGAGUAGAUUUUGAUAAUUUGCGAAAAACAGAAAUCGAAACAAUAAAAAUGUUCUUGCAUUUAAUUUUAAACAUAAAAAUCAUCCUGCACGUUUAUCACCUUUGGAACUGCAAAGUUCUGUUUUACAAGGACAACUUCUUCUUUCAAAAUUAUUUAAUGAAAUCAAAUAUGUCUAUGCAUCUGAUGAUGUUUUACAUUUAAAAAAUAUUAUCUUACCGAAUGUUGCUGAUGAUGAAGUUGAAAAUGAGGAUGAAGAAGAAGAAGAUGAACAUAAUGUACUUAAAGAUUUACUUAUUGAAGAAGAACAAAUAAGACUUAGUCAAGAAACUCAACAAUUAUUGUCAAGUAUUGAAGAUUGGAAAGAUAUCGAUUGGAUGGAUGUCAUAGCUGAUUUACAAGCGAAAUUAAUUAAAGAAGCAAUUGGUGAAGAUGAAAUUCAAUGCGGUUUGAAGUAA